AUCUACAUUCAAAUUAAUGUAUUAUACGUUGUUUUUUUUUUCAAUUAAAAAUAUAAAUAUAUAACUUUUUUUUUUUUUUUUACACCAAAACUGACUUACGAGGUGAGAGCUGGAAUUGUAACUGGAUAAAAUACAUUUCAAAGAAUGCGGCAGUUCAGAUGAUGUUAAAUGUGAUCCAUGUUUCUGCUAUGAAUGCUUGGUAAGGUAAAUGUUUUUCUUUUGCUUCUUUGUUCUUCCAAAAAGUGUGCCAGUGGUGAACUGUUACUGACAACAUAAUACAAUGAAUAUCAGUCAACCCGGAAUGAGUGAACAUUCAGACUUCUGUUACGAGUCUGUGAAUACAUCUUGCCCAAAGACCACCUACCCAACAGCGAUACGGAUUCCACUGUAUAUAUUCUUCCUGACCAUCAUUGUUCUAACCAUGUGUGGAAACCUCCUUGUCAUCAUUUCCAUCGCUCACUUCAAACAGCUGCACACUCCAACCAACUGCCUUGUCCUCUCUCUGGCAGUGACUGACUUCCUUCUGGCAGUAGUCAUCAUGCCUCCUAGCAUGGUGCGCACGAUUGAGACAUGCUGGUACUUUGGAGAUGUGGCCUGUAAACUCCACUCAAGUACGGAUGUAAUGCUGUCCAAUGCAUCCAUUUUGAAUCUUUCUUUCAUUUCCAUUGAUCGAUAUUAUGCAGUUUGCCAGCCCCUCCACUACAGGACCAAGAUCACCAGUUUUACUAUAGUGAUCAUGAUCCUGAUCAGUUGGAACCUGUCAUUCAUCAUUGGGUUUGGAAUGAUAUUUAUGAAACUGAACAUUUUGGGCAUUGAAGAUUUUUACUACAAUAACUUUCAUUGUUUUGGAGGCUGUUUCAUUUUCCAGAGCAAAACGUCUGCAAUUCUAGCUUCAGUUCUAUCAUUUUACAUCCCUGGGUUCAUUAUGCUGGUCAUAUAUAAGAAAAUCUUCCAUGUUGCCCAGAAGCAAGCCCGUUCUAUUCACAGCAUUGCCUGUAACAAUGUGAACUCUGAAAACAGCAAGAUGGAGCGAAAGGCUACAAAGACCCUGGCGAUUGUUUUGGGGGUAUACCUGUCAUGCUGGACACCCUUUUUUCUGUGUAACAUAAUUGAUCCAAUCAUUAAUUAUUCCAUUCCACCUGCUUUAUUUGACUCGCUUAUCUGGGUUUGCUAUUUGAAUUCAACUUGUAAUCCUUUUGUUUAUUCUUUCUUUUACAGUUGGUUUAGGAAAGCCUUCAAAAUGAUCAUUUUUGGCAAUAUAUUUCAAGCUCAUUCCUCAAGAACAAAAUUGUCCACAGACUGAAAACUUCCGGCUUCGACUUUGAGUUAAGUAAAUUUUAUGCAAAAGAAAUGCUAAUGAAAUUAUACAGACUGCAUGAUAUGCAGAAUUUACAUCAUAUUAUCAUUAAAAAGUAAACAGUUAAGAAUGAAAUCCUGAUUAAGAAUAAAAUGUUGAAAGGUUGCCCUUGAACAUUUAAUAGUCUGAUUGCACUACAAAAUUUCUGCAGCAAACCAGUUGUCUAUAAAGAAAUGUGAAAGUUUACAAUUAUUUAAUUAGGGUUACAUCAUGGUUUUAGAUAUGUGGUGUAAUGUACACACAUUGGAUUCAAUUUUGAGCAAAGUUAAGGAUUUGCUCCCACUUAUCUCCCGUUUUCAACAGAAGAAAAUUGAGAACAUUUUACAACUCAGUGCAAUGCUUCAUAAGACCACCCGCUCCUCAUAUUUGUGGGAGACAGAUAGAAGUCCAGCAAACACAGGGUUUUUGCGUCCCUUUAUUCUUUUUGCUUGCCCAGAACAGACUCCAAGGCCCUGGACCAAACUGGGCCUGCUCUUGUGAUGAGACCACCAUGACAGACAUUGUCAACUAAGCUGGGACUUGACUCUUCACUCCUGUCAUGAAAGAUUCUGAGUAAACCUAAGGUCAAGACAUUGGUUUCGGUGAAUAAUCCAAACCAACUGGCCUCUGGCAGCAAAGCCAGGAGGAAAGUUUCUGCGGCGCUCAAAGACACCCUCCCACAACACAGACUUUCCACACCAAAGGACAUGAUCACUAAGUGGCUAAAUUUUUCAUCAACACUCAGAAAGCCAGAGUUUAAUAACCACAGGUUUUAAGAGACUUGAGAGUAUUACAUAACUAUAAUAUUUAUCAAAAUAAAUAUGUUUUCUAUUAAUUCUCUUAUCUACGACUUUUGUUAAUUAUUUGUAAAUAAAUGU